GGGACAGGAUGGAGCUCAGUCCACUCUCUGUGAUGCUCUUGCUGAUUUCACUUAUACCAGCUGCCCAGGCUCAAGGAAGUCCUAAAGCUUUGGUGUCCAUAACGCCUGAUACACAUGUGUUCAUUGGAGAGACUGUUGUUCUCACAUGUGACAUACAGGGAGGAGGAGACACUUGGUGGACUUACAGCUGGAAUAAAAGUAAUAAUGAACUCUCAGAGGGAGGUGAGAGAUUCUACACAGACAGCACAAGGAAGGAGUUCAUAAUCUGGACUGCUGAAGACUCUGACAGUGCUCCCUAUACCUGCAGAGGACAUGGGAGAGACUCUCAGAGCUCAGAGAUCAGUGAUGAUGUUAGUUUGACUGUAUCAGUAAAACCCAAACCGACUGUGAGAGUGAAUCCUCAGAGCUCCAUCUACACUGGAGACACCGUCACUCUGAGCUGUGAGCUGCAGCAGGGGACUGGAUGGGAAUUUUACUGGUACAAAAAUAAUCAGGAGUUAAGGAAUCUGAACAGUGAACAAGUGAACAGACUUAACGUGACAGUUGAUAAUGUAGGAGAAACAGAGUACAAGUGUUGCGCUGGCAGGAGAAAUUUCUACAAGUUCUAUUACUACCACUACAACUACACAGAGUUCAGUGAUCCUGUCAAGAUUACAGUGAGAGAGAGACCACGGGCAGUACUGAGUGUAUCUCCACAGAGCUGGCUGACUGAAGGAGACUCAGUGAGUCUAAGCUGUGAGGUUACAGACUCCUCUACAGACUGGACAUUCAGCUGGUACACAGUUGUUCCCUACAGAGACGGCUUAACUGGAAUAAAUAAUAAUGGUGGCUAUAGCGUGUAUGUGGAGCUCCUCUCAGACAGCAGCAGAGGAUCUGGAGGCAAAUACACUCUCAGUCCUGCUGCUCUUAAUCACACAGGAGUUUAUAUGUGCAGAGGAAAGAGAGGAGAACCAGCCCUUCACUCACAGUACAGCAAUCCACAGCCACUAUGGAUCACUGGUGAAUCUCCUCCAGUCUCUCUGAUCAUCAAUCCCAGCAGAACUCAACACUUUACUAAUGACUCUCUCUCACUGAGCUGUGAGGACCAGAGUAACUCUACUGGAUGGACAGUGAGACGAUACACACACAGUGAGAGAGUGUUAGAUUGUUCACACUGGGGAUCAGUUACAGGAUCUACAUGUAACAUCAGCUUCCUCUCCACAUCCUACACUGGAGUUUACUGGUGUGAGUCUGAAUCUGGAGAAAACAGUAAUCCUGUCAACAUCACAGUGAGUGAUGAUGGUGAUGUUAUCCUGGAGAGUCCUGUCCAUCCUGUGACUGAGGGACAUCCUCUGACUCUACGCUGUUUAUAUCGCAACCCAAAUGCCUCAAACCUCCGAGCUGAUUUCUAUAAAGAUGGAUCAGUUCUCCAGAACCAGACUACAGGAGAGAUGAUCAUCCAAACUGUCUCAAAGUCAGAUGAAGGUUUCUACCACUGUAAACACCCAGAGAGAGGAGAGUCACCCAAAAGCUGGAUCUCAGUCAGACGUGUAGAAGCUCCAUUCUCAGUGCUCAUGCUGAUCUGUAGUGUGGUGACGGUCUCUCCAUAUCUGCUGGUGACCAUCAUUCUGCUGCUCAUAUGUUACAGAGCCUAAGCUCACACUGAUGAAGAAAAAAUUGAGAAUGCAGUCAUAGAGGAGUGAACAAAGUUCAUCUAUAAAAAGAGGAUUCAUUUACUGAAAAUAUAAUUUCAGAAUUCUUUUUUUUAUGGUUUUGUGUGGAUUUUAAAAUAAUAUUGAUUUGAUUUCAUUUUAAUGUCCUGUUCAGCAUCUUAUAGACACCCUCACUGUUCUGAAUGGAUUUGUUUAGUUAAAGCCUGUAAACCUCCUCAUGAGGUGAAAGUUACUGUGUGUGUAUGUGUUAAUGCAGAACAUUAUUAAAAAUGUAAAAAUUAAGAAAUAUUUUUUUAAAGAAUGUAUCUAAUGGUUCAAACAGGAUUAGAUGCAAGAUGAAAACUAGGAUCAUUGAGAGGAAGUAAAGACUAGUAUGUUUGUUUAGUGCUAGGACAUGCACCUCUGAGAUUUACUCAGUACACAGAGAGUGUAUAUGGUUUAAAAGUACAUUAUGUCAGAAUAAAAGUGUACAUUGUUUUUCAGUGUAGGUUGUAUUUUCUGUGUAGAUGACUACAGUUAGGGCAGUUGGUGAAAAGUCCAGUGUUUGUGGAGUUUCAGCUUAGUAUUUAUGCAAUAUAAAAACAAGUUUAUUGACUGUUAUCUAAAAUAUGGUGCUGAACCAAUAUUGUGUUUUGUGUUUUCUCAGUAUUUAUUCUACCACUACUGUAUUUGUACUGCUGUAGAUUUCUUUUAUUUCUUUAUGAAAUUUUCUCUAGUUAAAUAAUGAAUAGACUUACAGUCUCAGUCAGGGGCGUUUCUAGGAUUUGAAAACAUCAGGGUCUAAUUAGGGAGAGGGCAUUUUUAUGUAAUAUUGUUUAAUUAUAUUGUUUAAUAAUAAGCACAAAUUAUCACAAAUACUAUACAACUUUAGAAAUUUCAUUCAGUCCAGUAUUUUUGACUCCUCCCAUCAUCUCCCAUUUUUAGUCUUGCUAUGUAAAGUCAUUACAUUUUCUCUCUCACACAGGUAUGCCAUGCAAUAUUCUCUCUUUAACAACUUGAGUGUGCAACACUGCCAUGUAGAUCCUUUACUAUUAUUAUUAUUACUAUUUUACAAUAAUCUAUAUUAUACUUGCACCUCUUAUUUCAUUCCUCAUUUAUACUGACUGUAUGUAUUUUUCUUUGUUCAUUUAUUUUACAGCCUCUCUUCUCCUCUCCUCUCCUCUCCUCUCUUCUCUUCUCUUCUCUUCUCUUCUCUUCUCUUCUCUUCUCUUCUCUUCUCUUCUCUUCUCUUAUUGUUCUCUCAUCUCUCAUUCUCUCAUCUGUCUUGCUGCUUGUAUCUUGUCUACUUCAUGUUCUUGGUGAUUUUUCUAUCCUAUUUCUUUGAGGGUGGAAUCAUCAGAGAGUAUCUCCGAGACUGGACUUGAGCAAAAUGGUCAAUUACCAUACUAGUAUAUCUAGUGCUGAGAAUUCCUUUAUCAAUAGACAGAACAGCCGAAUGAUGGAGUCUGUUCUGGUCCAUUGUUCCCCUAAGUCAUGUCUGUAUUUUAACUUAAAUACUGCAUUAGUUGAAUAAUAGAAAGUCAUGAUGUUCAGACUGUAAUGUCUUAGUGUUUUAACAGUUUAGAUUUUAUUUAGAUCUAUCUUUAGGCCAGUUUAAUUUAAGACUUUUGUACAUCUUGGGUAUGGAAUAAUAUUCAAAAGGGUCCUAUAUGUCAGGGGUUUUCAGAAUCAAAGACAGUCCUUUUUGACACAACAUACAUUUGUUAGACUACUUUCAUUAACUGUGUUAACAUUAAAAGUUAAAAGUCAGGCUAUAAUCUGAAUAAUAAGAUCUUUGUGAACUUUAAUUGUAGUUGUUUAAGAAGAUUUAUGGAUGAAAUGAUUUGAAUAAAUUAAAUAAAUGUGUCAAUAUAAAUUCA